AUGUUCAGUGUCGAGGACCUCCUGAUUUCUCAUGGAUAUAAAUUAUCAAAAAAUCCCCCUAUUUCAUAUGAGAACAGGUAUGAUGGAUACCGGCAUGAAACUACAGGGCACAGAUCUGCUCAGAGAACGCUGAACGGGUUUGAGGCAGAAUCAAGAGCUGGCGCUUACAGCAAGAAACCUCUGGUGAAAACCAACUCAAGCAGCACUGAAAGCAGCCAUGGGAGCCAAGGGAGGCAAGCAGGUCCUGGUUACCACCAUGACCAUCAGGGUUUGUCCACUUUUCAUACUUCAGAAGGGGGGGUUUAUGACAAGCCUCAAUUAGCAUGGUCUUCCCAGCCCAAGACUGAUAAAGAUCUCGCCUACUGGAGAAGACGAGGACAGGACUUCAGUGUUCUACUGGGCUAUUCCCAGAAAGCCAGUGUGGAAAUGAAAGGCCUGGCUGCAGCCCCGGGGACACCCCGGCACCCCAAGGAAAGUCACCUGAAGGUGGGGACAGGCACAGGGUAUGUCAGAAGAAGCGGCUUGCAGGAAAGCUGUGAAGUGCCCAGCGACUGCAAAUGGCAAAGCCUGGGAAUGGAAAGCUGGAACCAGCCAAAAAAGGUAGGGAGGCAAAUGUCCGAGGGUGACAGGGAGAAGCUGCUUCAAGAGCUGUAUUCACUGACCCUGGGAGACAACGUACUGAGCAGCCAUAACAAGGGGAAAUCGCAGUCAUUGCCGAGGGUCCUUUCGCCCGAGAGCAUGAGGUGUGUUGAAAUGCCCUCCCUGACCAACAGCAACAACUCACUCAGCGUAACUAAAACCCCCUCCUAUCCCCCAAGCAGACUGAGUGCAGAACCAGGCAAGCACCACGAAACGGGAAGCCAUUUCCUUCCUCUGGUGAAACCCAAGUAUGGGAGACCCCUUAAGCCUCCGUCCUACGAACUGCAGCGGCAGACCAGGGCACCUGCAGAAACUGCAGGAUUCCAGGACCACUACCAGAAAGACGAACCCAUCUCCUACUUAGCCAAAGUUAAUGAGCCAAGGCAAGAUGCUUGCAUUCAAGACUCUGGUUUGGAGCCCCCAGUCUACGUACCUCCUCCUUCUUACAAAUCCCCACCUCACCAAAAUGUGACCCCAAAUCCCCUCAAUGAAGUGCCUAACACCAACACGUAUGCCAGCAGUGAUCAGCAGGGUCCUGCAGAGCGGGUUGUCCCCUGCCAACAACCAGCCAUGAAUACUUUUGAAGCGGGGGGUGACCCUUGCAAAGACAAUCAUCUUCCUCACGGGAAGCAAAGCCAUGCAAGGCGUCCUGCUGACUACCUGCGUUCUGUUCAGUAUAUUCCCUUUGAUGAUCCUCGGAUACGACAUAUUAAAAUUGUGCCACCAGAAUGUCUGCAGGGCAAUGCUAAAUACACUGAAAAUGCACGUAGUCCCAGUUCUGGUGCUUUGCAAGAGAGAGAUCUUGAAGUACAGUACAACAGUGCCUUUUCGGAUGCAUCAAACUUGUCCAAUUCCGCAAAGGGAGAAAGAACUUCUGACUGCUCCACCCAUAGCAACAGAUGGUUGGCACCAUCCAUCCGAGAUCAGGAAAAUUGUGCCUUGCCAGACCAAAGAGACAGUUGUAGCACAACUAAUCACAGCCCCCGUAACGAAGCCAGCGCGGAGUACACAAAAGGCAAACUUUCUGCAAGAAAUUCACAUAUGGACAGCACCUGUGAGACUGUUACAAAAGUGAAAAAGUUUGAACCUGGAACUGGGAUGCAGAGCAAAAAGAGUUCAAAGAAAAAAAUGAAUGAAACUAUAUUUUGUUUGGUCUCUAUCCCAGUUAAAUCAGAAUCCAAUCUGCCAGAUACAGAUAGGAACAACAACAUAACCCAGAGCCCUGAUAAGAAUGGGUUUGAUAACAAUGGGGCUUUGCAAGAACAAAGUCUCUUAAGUAUGUCUUCAACGGACUUGGAGUUACAAGCACUUACAGGAAGCAUGACCAAUAAAAAUGAGUUACAAAAACAAGAGCUGUGGAGACCAGAAGAGUUCAAACAAAUGAAUGACCUCAGAUUUAUUCAGCCGACAAAACACAGAGAGCUCAAAUACUCUGGCUCCUGGCCAGGUGAUCAGUACAAAGACCAGCAGACACAGACCAGUUUUGCUGAAGAACCUAAAAGCCCACAAUUUUUCCAUGGUACAAAGCCUGGGCAGCCCAAUAGUAACAAACAGCUGUCUCCAAAGCAACUAGGAUGUACAGCAUCCACGAUAGGGUCAAAACAGACAGAGUUACCUUCUGAUGAGAGAAGCUCCAGACAGAGCGCUUAUGGUAUGAAGGGUCAAAUGUACCUCAGCCAGUCUAGCAACAGUGCGUUUUCCAGGACUGCUACCUCAGUCCUUCAGGCCUCCUCCCCAAAAGCCCACCAGAGCCAGCCCAUGGCUGCUCAGGAAAGGGAAACUGGCCUUCUUUCCAGGGGAGAUGUAGUUAAGGGAGAAGCAGGUGCUCCCUGCAACAGUAAAGAGCUGUUUGGGCAGUUCUUGUUGAAGCCUGUAAGUCGCCGUCCCUGGGAUGCAAUAAGUGAGCUAGAAAGUUUUAACAAGGAGCUGCAAGAGCAGGAGGAGAGCACGAGCAGUGAAGAAGAUUUGGAAAGUGCUGCAGCUUCUCUGCAGGCAGGUGCUGUUAUGCAAAGAAGGGCAUCCAGAAAUGAGAAGUCAAACCAGGAGCCAAAACAUGGUGGGAAAUUGGAAACGGUUGUGACAGAGGUGCCUGUAUUCAAGUCAGGAAGAGUUAAAAGUAAGUCUGAAAGUUGGAGCCUGGGGACAGAGCAUGGUGGCAAGCUGGGCUGCAUUGGCUCUGAAGGUUUCUCGCAGCCAGGAGGGAGCAGUGAAGGAGUCAGGCCAGCAGAUGGAAGUCUGAUAACAGAAAUGAGGAUGGGGGAAGCCAAGAGCAGGACAAGCAAGCAGCCAGUUCACGUGGGCCCUCUCCAGAGAGUUUUGUCCAGUAGCCCAAGCAGUUCAUGUCACAGUAAUCCCUUCAAUAACCCUGUCUUGCAGGAGAUGAGCGAAGACCAAAAUUACCUAGACUUUGUUAAACUAAGCAAAGGCACAACUCCCACAAAUGAUAUGGUAUUAGAGAGAGGCUCAGUAGUACGCUUGUCACUAACGAAGAAGAACCAAGGGCGCUCUGAGCCAGAUUUGAGGUCAGUGGGACUUGAUGUAGCCCCAGGACCUGGUGCUAACAAUUCUGAUCACUCUUCAAAUGCAAAUGCAGUGGAAAUCCCUGUGAAUGAGUCAUUGCAGGCAAGAGCUGCAAGAAUUUUAGGUAUAGAUAUAGCAGUGGAGUCUCUUCUUCCUAAUGACCACACUGGGCCCCACCCAGGCACUAGCCCUGCAAAUGGUGCCCAGGACUUCGAGUCAUCAGUGGGAAGCACAGUAAGUGACAAAGAAGUUAGAAAGGAGAGUUCUUAUGAAGGCAGACGAAAGUGUGGGUGGACAGAAAGUGCUCUCUUUGUCAGAGCAGGAGGCCGAUCUUUACACCCUGAUGAAUGUCAGACCACUCACCCGGAAGACAGCGCUAAAACGCUGGUAACUGAGCAAGUUCUUCAGCAACCUGCAAGUGCCAGCCAAGGUGAGGACCAAAACUUGGUUUGCAAGUCAGCUGUGUAUCAGCAUUCAGAAAAGAGAGUGAGAAGCACCUCAAAAGUGAUAGAGACACUCCAAGGCAAGCUUACUUCGCCACCUAGCCGGACUGCCAUGGAUCGCUUAGUGCGAAUGAAAGAAGUUGACUCUGUGUCCCGGAUGAGACGUCUGAGCAUUAAGAGCGCAGACUCGGGAGAGGAGGUGGAUGAGGAGAAGCUGUCAAGGGUACAAGAGGAGAGAGGAAGCAAACUGGCAAGCUCAGGGGCUGUUUCCAAGCGUGUUAUCUCUCUCAGUGAAAACGGAUAUUUAGGUGGAAUGGACAAGAAGAAGAUCGACAGAGAUUUUUCUUUAGAUACAUAUGACCCCACCAAAGUUGAAAAGGUGUGAGAUGAAUGAAGAGGAGAAUAGAGAGAUUUCUGCUCUACUAGGAAUGUUUCCCUGAUUUUUUUUUUUCUGGGUGCUUUUUGUUUGUUUUAUGUUCUUUGAUGCUUGGAAAUUGCCUCCAUUUGUGGUGUUCAUGGUGUACUGAUAAUGCCUUUAUCACUGCCACUAGGAAUUAGCUAUUUGUAUCUGAAACUGUUGCGGAGACCACAGAAAAAUCUGACUUCUACAUUGGAACCAUCUGGCUUUGUAGCGCUAAGACUUAAUACCUACUGUUGGCAAAGAGUUUUUAUCUGAACUCUAUUUCAGUCUUCAGUGGGGAUGAUGAAAUGCAUGAAGUGAGGCUUUUGAGCUUUCUCUUUGGUGUAAGUGUAAACGUGGGAGAUUAGUGAAAUU